AAUUCAAUAUAUGUGUAGAUCUGAUCCCACGUAUUAUUUGGAUGCUUUCACAUUCAAUGAUUUUGGUUUUGGUCCAAAAAAAUGCGAUUCUUCCGCGGGAAGGCAGGAAAGCAAAGGUGGUAAUGAGAUAGCGCGUCCAUUCUUCACCAGGUGCGUGCUCACUCUGCUCCGAGAACGUCGAGUCGUCGACGACUACUGCUCAUCGGAAGUGGACGUCUGAGGCGGCGUGGAAAUGGAGAUGAUGCUGAUCCCUUUCCUCGGCCAAGGUCACGUGUUCCCGUGCACCCAGCUUUGCCUUCAGCUCGCGGCCCAUGGCGUCACCGUCACCAUCGUCGUCCCCACGGAGUUCACCGAUACCAUCUCUGCCGCCUGUGACCAUCCGCUAGUUCGUGUAGCCGGUCUCGACCUCCCUCCACACGAAGACGACCCCUCCCCUAUGCACCUCUUCGUCAAAGCGCACCUCAUGAAUGAGCCCUUCUCCGAGUUCCUCGCCCGGAGAACGGCCCCCGAUGCCCCCCUUCCUCCGCCCGUCUGCAUCAUCGUCGAUGCUCUUGUCGGUUGGGCAAUCGACAUCAGCCGGCAGUACGCCAUCCCCGCCGUUGGUCUCUACACCAAUGGCACUUGCCCUUGCGCUCUCGACUACAUUUCCCCUCGAUUGUCGCCGGAAAAGAUGAAUCCGAACGAGAUCGUGGCCAUCCCUGGCGUCCCGGACACUCUCCGGCUCACGUAUGGCGAGCUUGUCCACAAGCCUCCGCCCAGCCGUGGUCCGCGGCGGAACACCGGGGGAGGUGGUCCGCGUCACGGUGAUCGUCGGCAACCGCCGUGGAUCAACCAGAUGGAAGGGGCAACCGUGAUACUCUGCAACACGUGCGACGAGUUGGAGCGCCCUUUCAUUGAUCUCAUAGCUAGGGAGACCGGAAAGAAGGCCUUCGGCGUAGGGCCGCUGCUGCCGCGCCAAUUCUGGGAGUCAGCCGGAUCGCCGCUCCGUGACGGCGCCGUCCGGUCCAAGAAGAACUCGAACGUCAGUGAAGAGGAGGUGGAGGCGUGGCUCAACUCCAAGCAGCCAGGUUCCGUCGUCUUCGUGUCUUUUGGCAGUGAGGUGAGCCCCACUACGUCUGAGCUAGCCGAACUGGCUGCGGGGCUCGAGGAAUCGGGGCAGCCAUUCAUCUGGGUGAUUCAAGCCAACGUGACAAGGGACCCAGCUCCGGUCGAAGCCUCGCCGGAGCUAGCGGCGAAGGAUCCCUGGCUCGGCGUGGUGCCGGACGGUUUCGAGGAGCGGGUAGGGGAAAGAGGGCUCGUCAUACGCGGCUGGGCUCCACAGCUUCUCAUACUGAGCCACCCAUCCACCGGCGGCUUCAUCUCCCACUGCGGCUGGAAUUCGACUCUGGAGUCGCUCGUCCGCGGGGUUCCCAUCCUCGCGUGGCCCAUCCGGGGAGACCAGCACAUGAACGCCAUCGUGGUGGCGAACCACCUGGGGGUGGGCGUGAAGGUCCGGGACGCCGGUGGGCGGGACGUGAGGAAGGAAGACGUGGUGAGAGGGGUGGCGAAACUCAUGAGCGACUCGGACAUCAGGAACCGGGCCGCCCAAAUUAAGGCCAUUUUUUUGUCUGGGUUCCCCGCUAGCUCUUCCGCAUCGCUAGAUGCCUUUAUCCGUCUUUUUGGGCAACAAUAGCGCACAGUCUUCCUGUUGUCCACUCAUUAAGAAUAACAGAUAAGGGCAUAUCUCUAUGAAAGCAGGUCUUGCUGGGCAAUAAUACAAAAGUAAGCGGUCACUUUUUCGAGUUAUUUUCUGGUUGAUAUUAUAUAUAUAUAUAUAUAUUCCGCAAAUGUAAAACAAUUCCCUUUGAACAGAAGUUAACUCUUGAUUAAAUGUUUGUUGUUGAACAUCUAAUCAAAAGAUAAAGAGAACUGUUCCAAUCU